AUGUGCAAUUACAUCUAUGUGAGAACUGCUCCGAUUGUCGCGUUCCUUACUGACACCUGCCUCACACAGAAAGAGCUGAGCUGCCAGCACUAUUAUCACCUAGUGCAAUCGUGGUGCCCCAAAUAUAUGAAGACGGAGCGAAGGUGCCUACCGACGAUUGUUAGCAGGCAGUAUUGGGGUAACGACAUCUGUGGUGAGUUCUCACGCAACUGUAUCACGAAAAAGUCGGGUAUUGAUAAACAUCAUGGCCAGGUGCCUGCCGCGAACGGCAGCAACCCAGCAAACGCACCACCGGGGACGGGAGAUUGA